GUAGCCUUGUUUUUGGAUCCAAGCAUCCAAUAGGUAAAGACAGAGAAUCGUAGAGGAGCUGUCCAGUCCCAGUACAAAUCCAAACCAUAACGCAAAUCUUUUUCGGUAAGAAUUCAUUAGCACAAAUAGUACUGAAAGAGAAGAGAGACCUCUUUGACUACAUACAUACAUACAUACAAGUUAAACCAUAACCGGGUCUUUUUUGUCGCUUCUAUACAAAUUUCUCUUUCUUGCUUCUUAGCUCCUCCAGGUUAAAGGAUCUUUCUCGUUUCAGGCAGGUUCCUCGCUUUUUUUAAAUAGUGAGAAUAUUGGGGAUUCCAUCAUGUUCAAGCCUUCUAGUAGAAACCAGAGGUCCAAAGGCGUCAAGAUCAAGCGUGUCCUGCAAGUCUGUUUGCUGCUGGCUGUUUGCUCUUGGUUAAUUUACCAAGUAAAGCAUUCCCAUGAUAAGAAGAAAGAAUUUGAUGAAAACAACUUGAAGAUUGCUCUUAAAACACUAAGUGGUGAUGAAAUUUUAAAAUUGGGAAGGAAAGAUCUCCAUCCUCGAGUGGAAGAAACCACUGCAGAAAAUGAGAAGCAUGAUGAAGAAGAAGCAGUAGAAGAAGAAACUGGAGGAGAAGAACAGAACAAGCAUGAAGAAGAAGUAGAAGAGCAAGAAGAUGAUAUCAAGAUUGAAGAGAAAGAAGAUGAGAGAGGGGGUGGAGAUGAUGAGAUAGAUGUACAUGACAUAACGAAAGCUUUUGAUGAUGAUCAUGAAGACGAACUCGCUGAUGAAGAGGAGAGAGAAGAGGGCGACAAGAAGGAAAGUGAGGAGAAAGAUGCUGAAGAUAAAGAUGGUCAAAUUGAGAAUGAAAGUUCUUUGGACCAGGAUCAUGAUGGUGGAAGCAAUGCUCACGAGGCACGAGAGGAACAUUAUAAGGCAGAUGAUGCUUCAAGUGCAGUGACCCAUGAUACCCAAACUAUAAGCAUUGAAACUGAGAAAGGAAGCUCAGAGAACUCAGAUGAGAAUACUGAAAUGACUAAUCUAGAACAGGAAAAUGAAGUUAAUAACACUGAGGAAAUUGAUGAUGGACAGAAUAGGACAGGAUUAAUGCUGGGAGAUGGUGAAAUGGCUGAAAAUGGCACUCGUCUAAAUGAAACAGCCAAUGAAGAAAAGGGUUUUGAGAUUGUUUUGCCAAAAUCCGAGGAUAGCGCACUUUCAAAUUCUACAAUACAAGUAGAGUCCAACAAUCUACUAGAAGUUAGCAUCAACUCUACAGAAGUGAGUACGGAAAAUCGUGAUUUAUCCUUGCCGAAUGGAACAGAGACCACAUCAGACUCAACCCCAGCCCAAAAUGCCACAGUAGAAUUCUCAACAUCCGGCGACGUCUCCAACUUGCAAACCAUUUCUCUAGAGCAGGCCAAUAACCAUAUCGUUGCUUUUGAUAACAAUCAAUCUGAUUUUAAUUCAACACUUUCCACGAAGUCUGAAACUACAGAACCUGUAACCACAGGUGAAUUCUCAAAUUCCUCUGCUAAUUCAGAGUCUGCUAUAUUGGGAGAGGUCAUAAGGUCCAAUGCGUCUACUGAAACAGAGAACAGCUCUGGGUCUUCGACAGCAGAGAACAUUGAUGCAACUCAGAAUGAGAAGUCUGACACCAGUGAUGAAAUGAAUGAAACAAAUGAAAGCUCCAAAACUGAGAAUGAAGUUGAAGUUCAAACCGAUGACAUUGUUUCGUCCGAUUCUUCAAUCCUUUUAGAGGAGAAAGAGAUUCGGACGGAUCCGGAUACUUUGCCAGAUAUUAGAACUGAAGGAAGUAACAGUGAAUAUGCUGAAGAAUGAGAAUUCUUGCGCGUGCUCUGUCUAUGAAUAUGCUGCUGAAGAAUGAUAAUUCUUGCACGUUCUGUGUCUAUUGUCAAAGGUUUUAUUUCUUCUUUGUUAUGCUUAACAGACAUGUCAGGUCAUAAGGGUAUUUCUGCUUGAUUGUGUGAAAAUUGUAUCAAUAUCUAGAGCAGACAGUUUCAACUUCGCAGGCAAAAGGAAGUAGAUAUUCUUUAAACUUUUAGUGUCUUUUAUCUAAAUCCCGAUCCUUGCAACA